AUGUCUUGGGACACGUCGAGUAAAGGUGAAGGUCGUCAGGGGCAAUCAGCACAGCACAUAGCAGAUGCGAAGACUGUGCAGUGCAGAGAGGCCGCGAAGGUUGACACGUCAAGUAAAGGUGAAGGUCGUCAGGGGCAAUCACCACAGCACAUAGCAGAUGCGAAGACUGUGCAGUGCAGAGAGGCCGCGAAGGUUGACACGUCAAGUAAAGGUGAAGGUCGUCAGGGGCAAUCACCACAGCACAUAGCAGAUGCGAAGACUGUGCAGUGCAGAGAGGCCGCGAAGGUUGACACGUCAAGUAAAGGUGAAGGUCGUCAGGGGCAAUCACCACAGCACAUAGCAGAUGCGAAGACUGUGCAGUGCAGAGAGGCCGCGAAGGUUGACACGUCGGGUAAAGGUGAAGGUCGUCAGGGGCAAUCAGCACAGCACAUAGCAAAUGCGAAGACUGUGCAGUGCAGAGAGGCCCCGAAGGUUGACACGUCGGACAUCAGUGAGAGGGAGACGCAUCUGGUUGGUCAUCCAUUGAGUCCCGUCCAUAUAGGUCUGGAAAGAAGAUAA